AUGGCCCCAAGCGCACGCUAUGAGUCCGACAACCUCGACCCCGCCCCGCUGGGCAAACCCCUCGCCUUCCCCUUCAGCGGCCGCACAGCCUCCAACCGCUUCAUGAAAGCCGCCAUGACAGAGCGCAUCUCCUCCUGGGACCCCAAAACACCCGAGGUGCGCGGCGUGCCGUCCAAAGAGCUGAUCAACGUGUACAAACGCUGGGGCGAGGGCGGGUACGGCGUGGUGCUAACGGGCAAUAUUCUCAUCGACUACAUCAACCUGGAGGCGCGGGGAAAUCCGAUUAUCCCGGCUGAUGCGCCGUUCGAGGGCGAGAGGUUUGAAGCGUUUCAAGAGAUGGCGGCGCAGGGGACGAAGGAGGGGAGUCUGCUUGUUGGGCAGGUUAGUCAUCCUGGGCGCCAGGUGCAGGAUAAGUUGCAGCCGCAUCCUGUCUCGGCGUCGGCGGUGCAGUUGGAGGGGAACACGAUGGGCAUGACGUUUGCUAAGCCGCGCGCUGCCACGGAGGAGGACAUUAAAGGUUUUAUUGAAGGCUGGGCGCACGCCGCGGAGUACUUGGAGCGAGCGGGAUACGACGGAAUCCAGCUGCACGGUGCCCACGGCUACCUCCUCGCCCAAUUCAUCUCCCAAACCACCAACCACCGCACAGACGCCUACGGCGGCAGUCUCGAGAACCGCGCGCGCCUCAUCACCGACAUCGCCAAGGCCGUGCGCGCCCGCACGAAGCCCUCCUUCAUCCUCGGCAUCAAGCUCAACAGCGUCGAGUUCCAAGAAAAAGGGCUGCAGCCCGACGAAGCCAAAGAACUCUGCAAGCUCCUCGAAGGCGCGACGUUUGAUUUCGUCGAGCUGAGCGGCGGCACGUAUCAGCAAUUGGCGUUCCAGCAUCAGCGCGAGAGCACGCGCAAGCGCGAGGGCUUCUUCCUCGAGUGGGCGGAAUUGAUCGCGCCGGCGCUGAAGAAGACGAAAGUCUACGUCACCGGCGGCUUCAAAACCGUUGGCGCAAUGGUCUCCGCCCUCGACGCCGUGGACGGCGUCGGCCUCGGACGCCCCGCGUGCCAAGAGCCGCGCCUCCCGCACGACAUCCUCAGCGGCAAAAUCAAAGGCGCCAUCAAAAUGGGCUUCGACGAGGACGACUUUGGCUCGACGGUGGUGGCGGCGGGGACGCACAUUGGGGAAAUCGGCAAGGACCAGGAGCCGCUGGAUCUCAGCCGGGAGGAGAAUCUGCAGGGGUAUAUGAAGGAUUUCGCGGCGUUUCGGGAGAAGAUGGCGCAGGAUACGGAGAUGAGGGAGCAGGCUUAUGUGGAUGUGAAGAGUGUGCCGUUGGCGCCUUAUGGGAGCGUUGGGGUGUAG